UGGUGAAUUCCUUUAAUAGAUAUCUUUAGAAGAAUUUGUUAACAAUCAGUGUUUUGUAAGAUUGCUCUUUCAUACUGUCUUGUGUAAAAGAGAAUAAACGAUCGAAUUCAUGCAUAAUUUAUAUCCGUGCUUUUGUAAAUAUCACAAACUAUGAAUAUGGAAGCUGCUGUUACAGAACGUUUACAAAAGCUAAGACAAUGGCAAGCUGAACAACAGGAAAAGCUUCUCAAGGAGCAACAGAUGCAAAGAGAAAUAUUGAGUUAUGAGCAGGAUCGUAUUUACAAAGCACUUGGUUUAUCUGUACAUGAUUUUAAUGACCUUGUCAAGAACACAAAGAAUGAGCUUAUUAUUCACAGUAUGAUAAGUGAGGAUAAAGCAAUGUCAAAAAGUAUAGAUAAUGUUUUAAAAAAUGUGAAGAAAGGAAUAGUGAUAGACAAUAAUGCAUUGCAUAAAGAUCAUAAUGAAGAAAAAGAAACUGAGAUAUCUGAUUAUAUUUCUGCAGCUGUUGAUGACAGUAGAAAUUCUUCAAAGGAUCACAGUUUCAGUAUACUGCAAAACAAACAAUUGGAUGCUAACCUACUGAUAGAAGGAAUAGCGCCAUUAUCGUUGAAUAAUGUACCAUCAAAUGAACAUAUCUGUUUGGAUGAUAUUCCUGUUCCUUCGUCUAAGACAGAUUUUCAGACACUAUUGGAAGAGAUAUUGACCAAAGAAUCAGACGAUGUGCCACAUAGCGAUUCGCAGACUAAAAUAAAGAAACCAUUUCUGAGAAAGGGUCAAGGUUUAUCGAGGUUUAAGAUGUCUGUAAAUCCACCUGCCCAAUCAACAUCUACAAGAAGGUGUAGCGCAUCUUCAUCCAUUAAUAUGCAAUAUGUCGAUAAAACAGAUAAGAGAAUCAAAGCUACAGUAAGAAAAGGUGUAGAAGAUAGUAAGAAACUCUCAGAACGCACAUCAAUCGAAAAAAGACGGAAAUUAUCGUUGAACACUGCUGCAUCAUUGAAAGGAAAAGUCCCUGAUAAAUCUGUCACAAAGCCUACCAUAACUUCUAAUGGGACUAGACAUCUUCCGGAAAUGAAUGCUUCAGACUUUGACUCGAAGACUGAGAGAGAACUAGAAGAGGUAAGAAUAUUUGAACUCUUGGAAGAAAAAGCGGAAAACUCGAGCUUCUGCUCAACAUCGAGCACAGUACUUGCGUUUUUGCAGCAGUCCACACCGUUUAAAAUAAAGGAGCGACUGAAUCGCUCCGAGAGUGAUGUCGGCGUCGCAAAACAACGACGCGACAAACGUACGAGCGACACGACCGAGCGACUAAGUGCGGGACGGCGACUUGAGCAAUCCAACCUACACUCUCAUACUCAUUCCACCGCUGCCGUUAUUGACUCCUACUGGGACACAAUAGCCAUUGACGACUCAACGGAAGAAGAAGCACCACAGCAUCGUCUGAUGAUGGUCGACGAGAUAUCACAAAGCGACGAAGACCGGCCGAAAGAUCGCGAUGCACCGUGCGACGAACGUGCUGUUAUAGCCCUGUCGACGGAUAGCGACGAGGAGAAAGACGUUUCCACGGAAGAUCGUGAUACCUUGGUGCGCGAGGACGACCAGCCGGACUCGUCGGUAGCGAGCCACCGCGUUAGAUUUUCAGAACACAACGAGUACAGAACUAUAGAUCUAGGAAACGUGUCGAACGCAUCGAGCAGGUCCUCGUUAACGUGCUACCUUGAGCGAAGCAACGGCGACGAUCGUUCCGCGAACACCUCGUCGGAGUCGUCCGACGUAGAGGAGAAGUUGCCGUUGAGCUACGAGGACGAUGUGUCGACUCGACAAGUCAAAAGCAAUGAGAGGGCGAUUAACACGUCGAUACAAUUGUCCUUGCAGCAGGACAUCACAAACAGCUCGUAUUACCGCUUGGUGCAAGCGCUGAACGCCUCCGAGGAAGAAAACGCUAUAGGCUGCGAGGACGAAUCGCCCGGCGAUGAUAACGAGAAAGUCGUUGAAGCGUACGACGAAGAGCAAGCGUCGGUCUUAUCGUCGUCGUCGUCGUCAUCAUCGUCGUUGUCGUCAUUGUCCAACGCUCAUCGAGGAUCGACUGCGCGCAUAAGGAAAGAAUACUCACCGAAGAGCGAGCCGACAAUGGAGAAGACGGACAAGACGAGUGCCUUUGAACCGGAGCUUCUGAAGAGCCGUCUGCUAGAACUGGAGAAGGAGAUUGGUAUAUUCCGGAAAGAAAGUUCAGCCUUAUUGCUGCAACGCCGGAAGCUGCAGGAAGAUCAGGCGACGCUGCGCAAGGAAUACGCAGAGAAGGAGAGAAGUUUCGAGGAGAACAAGAGGAGGGUACAGAUCCAACUGGAAGAGGAGAAGCGAAGAUUAGCGCGCGAGAAGGCGGCGAUGGAGAAUAGAAUCCGCGACGCCCAAGAGAAGGCGAGACAGAGCAAGAUGGAGAGGCAAAAAGCACAGAGUCUGGAGGAGGAGUUGGACAAGCUGAGAGACGAGUUGAACAUCAGAGAGAGUCGGUGGAGCGCCGCCGAGUCGAGGUACAAGAGCGAAGUGCGCACGCUACGGACGGAAAUCUCCAAGCUGAAGCAAGAAAUAGCGAGUCUGCAAACUGCCAAGAAAACGCACCUGAAGAACGCCCGCAGGACGGGCGGCCAGGUGUUCGCGAAAGCUGUCGAUCGGCGAGUCAACAAACCUGUCGUCGUCGCGAUUUCGUCCAGGGAGGUCCCAGUGAAAACAUCUCGAAACUUGCCGGCUGUUUCGCCGAGCGCGUCCGUCCGUGAAGAAGACCACGAAGAGGACAAGGAUAAGGCGAGGAUCGAAGACGAGCCGGUCGAGGAGGUCGCGAAAGCGACUGGGGAAAAUAGCGAUCUUGCUGAAACAGGCGAGGACGCACCCCCGAAGAAGAGAGAGAUCAAACGAGCGCGGGAGGUUGGCUCGCGCUCGAGACGCAGUGAGAAACUUGCGGAGCGCAGCGCGAACGAGGCGCGCAGGAAGCGGGAUUUGUACAAAAAUCUGCUGAACGAAGCCACGUCGGACCUGCUGACAGAACAAAGUUCACCCCACGUCGCGCAGGGUAUACGCGAUCCUCGCCAGCCGAUCGCCACGCGCGAGCCGAAGUACAACGACGAAUUCUAUUCCAGUUCUGCGAGCGAGAGUCUUGAGCGCACCGCGGCGACAGUUCGCGCUGUGAACGGCACGGAACGUUGCAACAGGUCCUGCCGGGUGGACGACGAGCGGGACGAAGAGGACGCGGCGACGGGAGAUCGGGACCUGCCGGUGGAGAGGACAGGCUCGUCGCUUCGUCAGCGGGCCGGCGGCAUGCCGAGCGCCAUGGACGUCGUGCGACAAAUCGAACACGCCGACGGACGCAUCGAGUAUUGGUAUUUGAACGGCAACGUGAAGAAGAUCUUCCCGGACCAAGGAGUCACGAAGAUGAUCUAUUACAACGGAGACGUCCGCGAGACCGAGCGCGAUGGGAAGGUGAAAUAUUUUUACGCUACCACUCGCACGUGGCAUACCACGACUCCCGAUGGCCUAGAGAUCCUGGAGUUCCCCGACGGCCAAGUGGAGAGGCGCAUGUCCGAUGGUACCGUCGAGGUGUCGUUCCCGGACGGCGCUACGCGAAUAGCACAGGCCAACGGCGCGGAGAAGUGGACGUUACCGGAUGGCACGGUGGCGGAGACCUUCGCCAACGGCGACAAGAUUCUCACCUUGCCCAACGGCCAAAGAGAAAUCCAUACGAAAGAGCACAAGAGACGAGAAUACCCCGAUGGCACUAUAAAGCUGGUAUAUGCGGACGGUACUCAAGAAACGCGUUACUCCAGCGGAAGGAAAAGAUUGAGGGACAAGGAUGGGAAUCUGCUGAUGGAUUCCUACGACACUUGAGUUCCUCUUUUGGGCUUCCUCAAGAACUCUUCUUUGAAUCGAGUUUCAUGGCAGUCGCGAACUCGUAUUGUUACAGCUAAUCGCACACCUAUGAGAGUGUUGCGACACAAGUGAUGGUAAAUGUUAUGUGCAGAAACUAUUUUUACACAACGAAUAGUUUGACGAACAAGAGAUGAAGAAAUAUUGCGAACGAAGAUAAUAUUGAGAAUAAAGAGUAAUGAUGUUCGAUAGAACGUUCCUGAGAAGUGUCUGAAGUCUUCAUUUUUAAUUAACAUAACAGGAAUAGCAUCGAGUAUUCAAAACAUGCGCUUUUUCUCGCCAUGCACUCGUGAUCGCAGGGGCGUACCAAACUUGUAAGAAAAAGAGAUGUCUCCGGGCACUUUAGGCCUAUCAAGAUCUGUUUUCAUCGGUAAUCUUAAAUUGUUUCAAUAAUUUAAUAUUAACUAUUUCUUAGGCCCAGUUCAAAUUGGAGUUUGAACUAAGCUUAGCUAAGCGGCUGUUACAUUUAACGUCAUGGUUAAACUUGCGUUGCGUUCCACGUCACACUUAUAACUGUAGUUUAUUUAAACGUAUAAUCUGUAUAAAGAAAGUCCCAAAGAUGUCUCUUUUUUGUCAAACAUGGAUUGUGGUUGGUUAAUAAUAAAUGGUCGGAAAUAGAACGGGAGGAAGGACGAAAACAAGUCGCUCGAUUUCUGCUAGCACUGCAGUAACAGAUUCUUUGAAUAAAUGAAAUCGUGCAUGAAAAU